UAACGUUUACUUUACAACCAUUUACCCUUUGACUAUUAUAAAUCAAUCGCCUAUCGUUAUACUGCAAAUGGCUUAAGCUACUCGAAACCCUACCAACAUUAUCCAAUCCAAAUCUGCUCGAAUGUGGAACUUGAAUGUGUAGGCGAGAGUAACGAAAUUAUAUUAAAUUUCCACGACGCAAAAUGAUGCAAUUGGUUCGCUCAAGGACACUGCGGAUAACGAUUAGGUUUUGUUAAUUUACGGCGCAAAUACAUUUGAAUGUCUACUCUAAAGUCUUGGGACUACAAAAGAGUAGCCAUCUUAUUCAAAUCACUUUAGUUGGAGUGCUUGAAUAGCUCGGAUCGUUUUUUAAGAAAAGUGAAUUUUUCCAAAUAUUUCAACACGUGUUCAAUUGGUUUAAUAGUUAAAGUUGAACUAGCAAAGAAAAGUAAGUGCCAUCAAAACGAAUAGUAGCAUUUGUAAUUAAAUUAAUCUUAAACGCAUUUAGGGAUUAAUUGAAGACUAGAAUUAAUAAAAAGCCUAGCAUAUUUUGUGGAAUGAAAUAAGCAACGGUUAAGAAAAGCCCAGAUUCCCAUUAACGUGGGAGCUGGUGCUGGAUCGGAAAGUCCUCCGAACUCGGAUCGGAUUGUAAAUUCCAGCAGUUCGCGCUUAGUAAGUGGUGAAUUCGUGGUGUUUUAUGCAACCAGCAAUACAACCGCACUCCAAGGACACGGAAACGCUUCCAAUCCGUGAGCUGUGAGCAACCACCCACCACCCGUCGGAAAAUCUGUUCUACCGAAAUCCGAUUAGGCGCCGAACGAUUCUAACCUCUCUUCGUCAAGCCGAGAGAGUGAGCGAGUCGCGUACGCGCCACGCGCGAGGGAGAGUAUGUGUGGAGCGAGAACAUAACCACACAAAUAGGUGCGGAAUUCGUCGCCCCGUCUCGUCGUCGAGGAGCUGUGUAGCCGAACAGGUGAAAAGGGUCUAAUCAGGUCAGUGAUCACUAUAGAAUAAGAAAUUGAGCUCAAUUUGAAUUAGGAACCAAUUGUAUUAGAGAACCCCGGGUCUAGAUCUCGAAUGAACUAUUAAACUCAAUUGAAUUGCUAAUGUAUUAAAACUCGCGGUCGAAUAAAUAGAAUUUUAAAUUGCAAGGUGGAUUUGGCACUCCCACCGAAGUAAUUUGCGUAGUUAUUAAUGAAAAUAAAAGUUUUUAAUGUGAUUUUGAGUGAAUUUUGAUUUCGUACGUUCCUGAAUUGGUUUGAAAUAGUUUCGACAGACUCGCCCGCAGAUUGGGAGUUUCAGGCCGGGCAUCCCUGAAAAAUCUUCCGCCAACGACCUCCUUUAGGGAGUGGCGCAUAAGUCGUUUGCAGGUUAUAAAAGAAAUAUUUCGUUCCGCAUUUUCAGGGACUAAGCAAUGUAACGCUCAGUCCGCAGUUUGUAAGAAGAGCGUUACAUUUUGGCGCCCAACUUUAAUGGGUCUUUAGUUAAAUAAUUUUGGAUUGAGCUCAAAAUCAUAUAAAGUUCAGUUUGCGUUAGAUCAGUUUGAAUAGUAUUAUUUAAGAACAAUUGAGUAAAUGCGAGUGAGUGAAUGAGUGAUUAAGUUAGUACGAUUAGUUUUAGUUUGGAUUGAAUUCGAUAAUUUGGUAGUAUGAUUAAAUUGUGUUUGAGUGAAUGAAUGAGAGUUGAAAUUACAUUUGAAUUUUUUUUAUCAUUUUCAUUUUUACUUUUUAUAAUAUUGUACAUAAAUAAUAACUGUUAACACGAACCAUGGAUAAUUAUCUCAGAAUUAAUUUAGAUGACCUUGAAUUCGAAGAGUUAACAUACGAACUAGUUCUUAGAGGAAUUCCUGUAACAGGAUCCAUAGAUGCUCAGAAAAGAGAGUUGCGAGCUAGAAUGCGAAGUGAGAUCAAGAACAAUACCAAGAUUGAGAGCUUUCGUACGGUUAGCGAGGAAUACGAAAUAGUACCAGAAAUGCUACAACAGAUGGAGAUAAAUCUCAACCUCAGAUCAGAACCGGCAUAUGAAUCAAGACUUUAUCACUACCUCGAACGAGUUGCCCGUGCAAAAGAGACUGACGAUGUGGAUAGAGGAAACAAAGUUAUUCUGCUUGAGGUCAUAUGCGAAAUGCUCAGAAUCUAUUUUAGGCGCGAUAUUAGCUUGAACGAAGAAUCAUUUGAGGACUCGCUCGAGUUGGGAGCGGUAGGAGGACAAAGCUCUAGUGACUCGGUUAGGAGUGUGGAACCCCAAGUGGCUAAUAACCCUGAUCGUGAGACUGGAACACGGCCAAAAUCAAAUAGGAAUCUUACUGGAAAUCCUGAGUCACAGUUAAACAGAAACCCGAUCAUGUCAAAAUUUCAAAAUAUGAUCACACAGCAAACAAAAAGACCCCAAAACGUGUCUCUUCCCCCACAGGAUCCCAAUUUGAAUCGUGAAUACGUACAUAUCUCAGAGAUUGACAGUUAUGUUGCAGCUUGUGUGCAGCAAAAACUGAAUGAACAAAUGAGGCAACAUGGUCUAGGAAACCCGGGAGUUGAAGAUUUAACAAGAAGAUUGAAAACCGUAGGAAUUCAGGAUAGAAAUAACAGGGAAAUUUCUGAAUCCGUAGCAGAGAGGCAAUUUAGAUCGGUUAUACCUAACAACUUAGAAAUGCCAGAGUCGGUGAAGAAAAACUUUUUACAACAGGUCACAUUCAAUCCGGUUGGAAAUGUGCGUCAGAAAAAUAGGCAAAUGGCAAAUCCUUACAGAUUGAAUGAUGAGACUUUCCAUCAAUUUCAGCAAUUACCUCGAUCAACAGAUUACGGUUACCAACCGAAUCCCGGUUCGCCAAUGAAUCCGCCAUCAAAUAGUCCUUUGCGUAAUCUAAAUAGAUCUUUCAAUCUCAACAACGAUUCAAUUCACACGCGCAGACAACCGUAUCAAACGUGCAACAUAGUUGAAAAGUGGCCAAAGUUUUAUGGUGAUUCAAGCUCAGUACCAUUAGUGUCGUUUCUGAGAAACAUCGAUAUACUGUGUAGGUCAUACGGAAUUGAUAAAAAUGAACUCAUAAAACAUGCCCACUUGUUAUUUUCAGGAGAUGCAAGCAUAUGGUACACAACCUACGUGGACAAGUUUUUAGAUUGGGAUAGUCUGGUGUAUUACCUUACCCUACGGUACGAUAAUCCAAAUCGCGAUAGGUUUAUCAAAGAGGAAAUGCGAAAUCGAAAACAAAAGCAGAAUGAACUCUUUAGUGCCUUUUUGACCGAUAUUGAAUCUCUGGCUCAAAGACUAAUCAAUAAAAUGAGCGAGGCUGAAAAAUUUGACAUAAUCGUAGACAACAUGAAAAUGUCCUACAAGGGAAGGUUAGCUCUCCACCAAAUAGCGUCCAUUGAGGAUCUUGCGAACAUGUGUUACAAGUUUGACGCGUUAGAAGGGUCACUGUAUACGCCUAGAAACAAACCUCUUGAAGUACACAACAUCGAAGAAGCAUACGAUUCGGAUUCUGAAUAUGAAGAAAUUAACGCCCUACAGAAAACACGAUUGGGAAAAAUGCAGGCUAGUACUGAGACGAAAAACAAACUAGAAAAUUUAGAGGAACCUACUGAAUUUUUCUGUUGGAACUGCCGAAAUAAUGGCCACUUUUGGAAAGAUUGCUCACAACAAAAGACAAUCUUUUGCCACGUUUGUGGUAUGAUGGGCAAGACAACAUCCACUUGUCCCAAACAACAUCCUCCUUUUAACACCUCUGCACGGGGUUCAAAAAACUUGUAAAGGGACGGAGGUAUAGGAAUCGAUCUCUUGAACCCCCUCUAUCUGAGAUUCCAGAACAGGGCUCGUUCUCAUACUUCAAUCAAGUUUUCCAAAUCAAUAUUGUUCCUUCGCGUUGUCCACACCUUACUGUAAAAAUACUCGAUUCAGAAAUAGAAGCCUUAGUAGAUACAGGU